AUGAAAGUGCUGCUAGUUGUGAAGCUUUGCAGCCGUAACACGCAAACCUACCUCCUGGGAUCGCAGAGAAGCGGUUUCCUCGAACCCAAGCGAAAAUCAGAGCCUGUGGGCGUGGCUUCAAGCGGUGUGUUCACUGACUCUGUAGUCCGUUGUGAAGAGUUUCCAGCACUCCUCUCAGUAAAGACGUCUUCCUGCACAGAAAUUUCCCAGAUUGUAAGGAGGAUGUGUUUGGUGUUGUUUUUUCUCUGCUUCGCACUCGCAGCAGUUCUGGAGACAUCUGCUCAAAAUAAUAUAAGUGUGAAAUGUGAUCAAUAUGACGAGUUUCAUGAACCAAGAUCUGAAGAGGCCGCGUCCAAAGUGGCAGCCCUGAGAGUAACUCAGGUAGAAAACCAAGAUCAUUACGUGCUUAACAUAAGCUGGGCCAUAAACAUUGAUGCGAGCAUAGAGAAAUUACAAAGCACAGUCAUUGAAUCUCCUUCAGGAGAUGUCAUCUGCAGUUAUGUUCCUUCAAUUGCCAAAACAAACCUCACUGGAUUGGAGCAGAUAUGGUUUUAUUAUUUAUCAAAUGUAAACCCCGGGUUGGAAACCAUUACAGUUUACAAUCUUCCUUUACCUCUUUUGGGACACGGCCUCUACGAGACAGUAUCAGUUUGGGUCUCAAAAAGAACUGACAGAACAACCCCCUUAGUAACAACAGCUGUUGUAUCUGCACCCUCAACUGAGUCAACAGAGCCAGAGCCAAAAAGAACAAACAUCUUGAUUGUCUUUCUUGGAGUACUGGCAGCAUUGGUGGCCCUGAGUUUCUGCUUUGUAAUCCGUCACAUUUGUGGUCCUAAAAUUGCUACAGGAUUUGGUUUAAAAAUACUCCUUCCACCUCCCAUGGCUCCAGUACCAGUUCUUAUAGUUUACCCAGCUGAAAAUUCAGCCUUUCAGCUUGUCAUAGUUGAGUUGGCAGAGUUUCUGCACUGCCAUGGUGGCUGCAAAGUGGCAAUCGAUCUCUGGCAGCAGGAAAAGAUCGCAGAGCAGGGGCCGAUGCGCUGGCUGGCCGAGCAGGUUAGGGCUGCAGACUGUGUGCUCAUCGUCUCUCCACAGGCAAAGAAUACCUCCUCCGAGCUCUGCUUCUCUAACCCCCAAAACAACCUUCCUGAAAUGCCCAUCCCAGCUGCAGCACAUGAUCUUUAUCCUCUGAUUCUUAACAUGGUGGCUAGCCAAGCAAAAAAUGCCAGUCACCUGUCCAAAUUUUGGGUGUUGCAGCUGAAUAAGAAGAAGAGGUCCCAUGAAUUACCUCUGGAACUGAGCACAUGCACAACGUUUUGCUUGAUGAAAGAUUUAAACAAACUUUGCAAGAAGAUUCAUAGCCAAACAAGUGACAGAGAGAAGCUCUCAUAUUUGCAGUUCAGACAGAGAGUUUACUACAGUGAAAACAGGACAACGAAGUUAAGACAAGCUGUUGAAAGUCAUAGAGGGAAAUGGCCAAGCAAUUCCAAGAAAAACUACCUGCUUACACCUGAAGGGUCUCCUGUUUAAGAUUCACUGGGAUUGACAAAUUGAUUCUUGCUAUUCAACCUAGUCAAAUUAUUCCAUCUGUAUUAUUAUUAUCAUUAUUAGAAUAAUCUCAAAAACUAGAACUU